AUGUCUUUAGAUACAAACAGACCCCUCAUGUCCUCUUCAUUCGAACAAGACCAGUUCCACUCAUAUUCAAACUCAAACGAGUAUGAUAUUGAUCAACAAAAUACCUUGGCACAUGGCCCCUUAUCGUCUCCUACACCUUCCACCCCACCUCUAGUCAAAAGCCAGCCGCUCCCAGCAGUCAUCAAACCAAUUGUCGAAAAAGAUCUUUCACACUCCUAUGCCAUGGAACUGCGUGUCCCAGAAAUGGGAUGUUACGGGUCUUUUAUGCACGCAGUUGGCGAAAUUGUUGGGCAAAUGGGGCUAGUGCCGUGCUGUUUCUGUUGUCCCAAUCCCUUUUCAAAAGUUGAUCAAGGUACCGUUGGACUUAUUACAAGAUUCGGUCAGUUUUACAAGGCUGCAGACCCAGGUUUAGUCAAAGUCAACCCAAUAUCAGAAAAAAUGACCAAAGUUGAUGUCAGAAUUCAAGUCAUUGAAAUCUCUUCUCAGUCUUGCAUGACUCGUGAUAAUGUCAACAUUGAAUUGUCUUCUGUAAUUUACUACCACAUUGUGUCUCCACAUAGAGCAAUCUACUCUGUCAGCGAUGUCUAUCACGCCCUCAUUGAACGCACAAAAACCACUUUACGACUCGUUGUUGGUUCCCGUACUCUUCAGGAAAUUAUUGAGCGCCGUGAAGAGGUGGCUUCUUCUAUUCAAGAAAUCAUUGACGAAGUGGCUGACACAUGGGGUGUACAUGUGGAAAGCAUUCUUAUCAAAGAUAUUGUCAUGUCUCAGGAACUAACUGAGACAUUAGCCCAAGCUGCAAAAAGUCGCAGACUUGGUGAAUCGAAAAUCAUUUCGGCAAAGGCUGAAGUUGAAAGUGCUAAGCUGAUGCGUAAGGCUGCAGAUAUUCUCGAGUCACGCGCAGCAAUGCAGAUCCGAUAUUUAGAUGCUAUGCAAAACAUGGCCAAGCAAAGCUCGUCUAAGGUCAUUUUCAUGCCAUCGGCACGUAGUAUUGAAAACAUGGCGAGCGAAGCUUCGGUAAGCUCAGAGAAAAAUUCUGAUCCAAAGGGCAAGAAAAAGGGCAAGAUGAUGGAAAAGGUGACGGAAAAAGAUGAGACUGAAGAUUUUAUUCAAGGUUUAGUGGCGACCGAAAUUUAA